UAAAAAAACAUUAAUUGUCAUUUUCCAUACUGAGGCGGAUGCUGUUAAAAUUAUUUAUUUUGUAUUUUAUUGAAUCAUAAAACAAUAUUAAUCAUAAUUAACUAGUAAUGUAACAUCUAAGCUUUAUUAUAAAUGUAAAAUUAGUACUAGGUUAAGUUAAGAAUCCUACAAUACAGUAAAGAUGUGGUCGGUGUCACAAAACAUGGAUUUCUCGCCUAAGGAUGAAGUUAAAAGUGAACUAUUCACUUGCCGCGGGUGUCUAGGCACCGGGCGGCUUUACAACAUGUCGCAAUACGGACUGGCAGAGCCAUACCGACAGUUAGUGGGCGUUGAGGUGCAAGAGACCGACCUACUGCCGCAACACCUGUGCCACCUCUGCAGGGCCCUGAUAUUGAAGUUCAUACAGUUCCGCGAGAGAUGUCGUCGUGCGGAUACGCUUCUUCAGAACAUGCUCAUGCUGGCGCCAGUGAUCACAUUGGAAGACAUAGCGACAAUAGACCGUCAUGCAGAACAAAUAUCCCAUUCAUACUGCAAAACGAAUGUCAGCAUAGUCACCCAUUCAGAGCCCGAGCCACCACCAGAAACCCAGGAAAUACCACAGGAGAUCAUCCCAGAGUUACCACCAGAACUCCAAGAAUAUGCCGACUUCAAGGACAACUAUUCUGAUGUUGAGACGAAAUGUGAUGAUUUUCUUGAUACAGAAUUUGAGAUUCCGGUUAAGAGGACUAGAAAAAGGAAGUGUAAGAAGGAAGUGGACGAUGUAGAGGUGAAAGAAGAGAAGAAGAAGGUCAGGAAGAGUGCUAAGCCGAGGGUCAAUAAUUUGUACACGGAUCCAGAAGAUAGAUUAAAAUUCUCCCAAAAAUACGACGUGGACAUAAUAGUGAUGACCAAAGAGGAUGAAAUAAACGACAUGCUACAGCGUAAGAACAGUCCCAAGUACCUCAGGGCCCACAACAAGUGUGAACAAUGUUACAAAGGGUUUAUACACGAGGACACACUCAAGCGGCAUAUCAAAGAUAAGCAUGACCCGAGCCUGGAGCACGCGUGCGAGUUCUGCCGGUUCCGUUUUGGCAAGCGUGUGAACUUGACCGGCCAUUACAGACGCCACCACAAGUACAAGUAUGUGUGCCGCGUGUGCUCGGUGGUCACCAGGAUGCGAGAGCACGCGGUCCAACACUCGAAGAUGCACACUCAGAAGUUCGAGUGCAAAUACUGCGGGAAGGCUUUCAACACGAAGGGCACGACGUACCACGCGCACGUGCGCUCGCAGCACGGCACGCAGCUGCCGUGGUGCCGCGUCUGCGGCGACGCAUUCGUCUGCACCAAGACGCACCGCGAGCGGCUGCACAAGGAGACACUAAACCCGCCCCCCGAGCUGCACUGCGCCGCGUGCGACACGCAGUUCCUGAACGCGGCGGCGCUGCUUGCGCACGCGCACGCGGCGCAGUGCGGCACGCAGCACUGGUGUCUGCACUGCGGAGAAGGGUUCCAGCUGGAGAACGCGUUGAGAGACCACGUGUUGGCCAGCCACAAGGUUCAAUUCCCCUGCGAUAAGUGCAACAAGGUAUUCAGCCACGAGAGCAAGCUGAACAACCACACGCUGGAGAAGCACGGCGAGGAGCUCCCCGCGGGGGACCAGCGCGGGCGCAAGCGUUACAUGAAGGUGGUGCCCGCCAUGUGCGACAUAUGUGGCAAGAUCAUUGCGGACCAGUACCACAUGGUGUACCACCAGCGCAUCCACACGGGCGAGAAGCCGUACGCGUGCACCGAGUGCCCGAAGCGGUUCAGGAUGCCGGAGCAGCUGCAGAACCACGUGCGCAUCCACACGGGCGAGCGGCCGUUCAAGUGCAAGUACUGUCCCAACACGUUCAAGACUUACCCGGCGAUGAGCAGACAUCACCUGGUGCACACGGGCGUGCGGCGCUACCCGUGCUCCGUGUGCGGGAAGCCGUUCGCGACGUCCGCCGAGAUGAAGACGCACGUGCGCACCGUGCACAUGAAGCUGCCGCCGCCGCGCCGCCACCACGCGCGGCGUGACGCGCGACAUGACGCGCGCCAUCCCACACCCGCGCUCGCCGACUAAUACAUACCUACUUCUACUGA